AUGAACGAUAAGACGUACGUUCUCUUGGAGCUGAAACCGUUCCAGAUUCCGGCCAGGAAUGCCUUCUGUCAACGCGAGCAUUUGCCGUCAUUUCCACUCAGACUCAUCUGCCUAAUCGACGUCAGUCACAGCAUGGCGGAAUGUUACGGAGAUAGAGAUGUGCCUGGGGAUAGUAUUAGCGGCAGUAGUAGUAAUUUAUCAGGGGGUCCAGCUGCUACAGCUGCUUCCGCUGCUGGUUUUUCAAAACUUGAUCGGAUAAAGAUAUUCGGGAAAUUGCUGGCCGAGGUAAUUGGCGAGGAGAACCAGGUAGGAGUUGUCGUUUUCGGCACGAAUGCAGAAGUCUUGCUUCCCAUGUGCAAGAUGACUGCUGAUGCUAAACAAAAAAUGAUAGCAGCUUUCAAUGGUAUCGCCCUCCGAGGUGUGACCAACAUAUCGGCCGGACUGUUCACCGCGAUUGAGCAAUUCAGUAAAACAUUCGCAAAAAAAACAAAAUACACAAACGACAACAUCCUCUUAUUUUCUGACGGGAUGCCAAACGAGGGUAUCCUGGAUAGAGAGGACUUGAAAAGGGAGAUCAGGAAGAGGAUUAGGAGGGUACAACAGGAAUGCCACUACGAUCCCGAUUAUACCAUCAAGAUUUCCACCGCUGGAACAAGUGGCUUCUUCCCUGAAUCCUUGUACAACUUGAGCCGAUCGUUCAGCAGUAGUCCGUUCCAUCACUUGGGAGAGGAGUCGGAUUUGAGUUCGGAUCUCAUGCUGCCGAUUCUUUAUAUGAUGGAAACAGCCAUCGCCAACGUUAAGGUGACCAUCACAGCAUUGAAUGGCGUUCAAUUUGAAACUCUUAACACUGAAGAUGUUAUAAAAACUCCGGUUUCUAAAACCGAUUCCUCCAAUUCACCCGGUUCUACUUUUGAGACGGUAUUUUCUUCGACCGCCUGGGAUGAAUACCGAUUAGUCAAACGGUUAAAAAGUAAAACGCCACCAAAACACAAACUGGAAUCGACUCGAUCAAAUCCGUUAAGUCCCGAUUCAACGGACAAAUCCGCUUCGCCACUUUUCGACCCAUUCCCAUUUUUCUCGCCUCACCUACACCGAGAGUACCUGGUGCACGAUCUGGCCGUUGACAUGGAGCGACACAUACUUCUUCCACUCCUGCUGCCCAAGAAGCACAAAAAGUUGCUGAAAGGGAAAGAUGUCCUAUCCAUCAGCAUCACGUACAGGGACUCGACGACGAACAACGCCAAAUUACAAAAGGUUAUAAACUUCCAGGACAUUCCGAUCAAAAAUGAGAACAACGACGAGUGCAGUCUGCUGGCUGUCGCGAACUGCAUCUGCCGCAUCAUGACAUGUGAGGCUCUCGACAGAGCGGCUGGCUUGCUUGAAAAGUUGGACAGAAAUUCCGGAGUGAUAACGUUGGAUACGACGAUGGAUACGCUGAAGAGGGACUGUGAAAGUUUGUUCAAAGCGGAUUCGAGCAAUGAGGACGAGACACUGGCCAAUGUUUACAAGAUGCUCGAUCCAUAUCUUGCCAAUCUCAACAGAUGCAAGUGCUACACAGCUGACUUUUCAGUGCGAUGGGACGACGUGUGGAGCAGGUUGAAGUCGCUCAGGUCCUCACUAUCCCUUGAAAUUCUGACCAGUCCCGUCGUCUACGUUGACAAAUCCCAACUAUUCCUGACCGAAAAUAUCGAAAAAAAGAAAAAAUUAAUCAAACGGUUAUUACCAAAGAUCAAAAACGAAGUUUUAGAUUCGAGACGUUCGUCUGUAGCCGAUGUGGAUGCUUCAGUUGCCGUAACGUACUCACCCGUUAGAAUGGUAUCUGUAUCCGACACUGAGCAAAUUUAUUUGAAAAAAAAAAUUGUAAGAAGAGAAUCAUGUAAGAAACCGUUGCAGACGAUACAACGAACGAUAGAGAGCCAAUUACCGCCACGUCUAUCGAAACAUCGAUAUUCACUUCAGCCACCACCUACCAAACAAAGACAUCAACAACAACAACAACAGCAGCAGCAACAGUUUUUAUUUCAGCAGCAACAACAACAUCGUCACAUGAUACAAAGUUCACAACAAUCAGAUGUCGAGUCCACCAACUCGACGUUGAAUCAACGGCAGCUUUCUGGAAAAUAUACUCAUCAGAUCAUACAACAACAACCACAACAACCGCAACAGCUACAACCACUACAACUGCAACAGCCACAAAAACUGCAACAAGUACGUCAACAACAAAACCAACAACCUUCACAACAAUAUCAACAAAAACUUCCACGAAGCUCACAACAGCUUCAGCAACAAUAUCUGCAACAGCAACAAACGCAGCAGCAGCAGCAGAUCCGACCACCAAACAAUCAACAACACUAUCAUAAAGAACAAAAACAAAAUCCUAACACCCCGAACAGCAAAUGCUCUAUAAAAAAUCAAACUGAUGACAAGUACAGAAAAUCAACAACUAGCAACGAUGCUGGCGAUGAAGGGGAUGAUGACGACGACGACGAUGAUGACGGAGAUGAUGAUGAUGAAGAUGAUGAUGCUGUUGCUACAACUGAUAACAAUGAUGAUGUUACUAGAUUAGUAACACAGGUGUAA